AUGCCUCGUGGUCUGAAAAGUAAGCUCCGUGCUCGUGAAAAACGUCGCCAGGUCCGAAUUGAGGCUCGGCCUAACCAAUGUGCUCAGGCCACUGAAGCAGAGGAGGAAGAGGAGCCCUCUUCCUCCUCUCAUGUUCCAUGCACAAAAUCUGAUGAAGGUUCCAACAGCGGAGAUGGGGAAAGACCAAGCACUUCCCAGGCAUCAAGCACCCCUGGUCAGUCAGCAAAAGAGAAGAUAGAAGACCUAGCAAUUUUGAUGGUGCAGUUUAUGCUUAAAAAGUAUUCCACUGGGGAGUCUAUAACAAAGAAAGAAAUGGUGAAGCAUGUCAUUCCAGAUAACAAGGAACUGUUUGCUGAGAUUCUUGAUAAAGCCUCCGAGCUCAUGGUGCUGGCCUUUGGUAUUGAUGUGAAACAAGUCGACCCAAGCACUCAUUGCUACGUCCUUGUUAGCAAAUUGAAUCUUUCUUCUGCUACGAUGCUGAAUGGUGAGGCGAUUAUGCCCAAGAGUGGCCUUCUGCUGACUAUCUUAUGUGUUAUAUUCAUCAGAGGCAACCGUGCUAGUGAAGAAAAUGUCUGGGAAGUGCUUAAUGUGAUGGGGAUAUAUGCUGGAACUAACCACUUCAUCUACGGCGAUGUAAAGAAGCUCAUCACGCAGGAUUUGGUGCGUGAAAGGUACCUGGAAUACCGGCAUGUGCCUAAUAGUGAUCCUCCACGUUACCAAUUUUUAUGGGGUCCCCGAGCCCACAUCGAAACCAGCAAAAUGAAGGUCCUUGAGUUUUUGGCCAAAAUCCACAACACUGUGCCGAGUGCCUUCCCAUCUUGGUAUGAGGAAGCUUUAAGAGAUGAAGAGGAGAGAGCCCGGGCCACAAUGGUGGCUUUGCUUGUUACUCGUGCUAUAGGCAGUGCACGGUCCAGGGGCCACUCCAGCAGGCCCUCACACCCCUACUGA